UCUCUCUCUCUCCCCGCACCCUCCACGCCCAAAUCGGCACCGAGCCGCCCCAAAUCCGGCGCCGCCGCCGCGUCCCUCCUCCGGCGGCGCUGCUCGACCGACUCGCAGGUUGUUCACGGGUGGGAGCCGCCGCCAUGCAGGAAGCUCCCCUCGCUCCGGCCCACCCCGUGGCAUUCGGGUUCUGGCCCAGACCCGUGUGCAUCCCCGCCGCCGACGGGCUCUUCUUCUACGGCGGCUGCACCCCCUUCGCCCCGUGCCCCAGCCCGUCGCCGCUCGGCACCCCCUUCGUCCCGUGCGCCAGCCCGUCGCCGCUCGGCACCCCCUUUGUCCCGUGCGCCAGCCCGUCGCCGCUCGGCACCCCUUUCGUCCCGUGCUCCAGCCCGUCGCCGGGCGGCAGCCCCUUCACGCCGAGCCCGAGGCUUCCGCCGCGCGCCGCCCCCUUCACCCCGAGCCCCAGGCCGUCGCCGCGCGCCACCCCCUUCACCCCGAGCACCGGGACCUCGUCGGGCAGCACCCUCUUCACCCCGAGCCCCAGGACGCACCCGAGCGGCACCCCCUGGUCCUCCUCCACCUCCGGCUCCCGCGUCGACGAUGCGGCGGCCACGGAGCACCGCCUGCAUCUGGCCCGCCUCGCGCUCCAGUGCCAGGACGCCACCAACCGCUACGAGCUCUGCCUCAGCCACCUCGCCGACGCCGCGCGCGAGGCCGCCGCGCUCCGCCUCGAGAACUCCGAGCUCCGCAUCAUCAACAACGACCUCGCCGGCCGCUUCGCCAUGCUCGGCGGCAACCAGGCCUCCGCCGUCGCGCUCGCCGGGCAGCUCCGCGGCCUCCAGCUCGGGCAGAUGCCGGUGCAGGCCGUGGCGUCUCCACCGGUGCUGCCCAUGCCCAUGGCGGGCCCCGCCUCCCCGGCCGAGAAGCACGCGGUGAUGCCCAAGAGCAUCUCCAUCCGCUCGACGGGCUACCUGAAGAUGGCCAGGCGCGGCAAGCAUCGCGCCACGAAGCCGAUGGACGUCGGCUCGCAGCGCGUGUUCGUGGGCGUGGACGUGGGCGGCGGCAAGGCGGAGGAGCACCAGGGCGGCAGCGCCGGCGGCGACAGGCGCGGCCAGGUGGUCAAGUCGGCCAGCGGGCUGGAGUUCGAGGCGUACAGCCAGGGCAUGUACAAGACGGAGCUGUGCAACAAGUGGGAGGAGACCGGGGCGUGCCUGUACGGCGACCAGUGCCAGUUCGCGCACGGCAUCGCCGAGCUCCGCCCCAUCAUCCGCCACCCGCGCUACAAGACCCAGGUCUGCCGCAUGGUCAUCGGCGGCGGCCUCUGCCCCUACGGCUACCGCUGCCACUUCCGCCACUCCAUCACCCCCGCCGACUACAUCCCGCUCCUCCACCCCUGAUCGCUACACAUGGCAAUGCUCCAUCGCCGACGGCCACUCACUCUGCUCGCUUCACUCCUUCCUCCCCUCUCGUAAACUAUCUAUGCCACAUUGGAAAACAAACCAAGAACUCAAAAAGGGGAGACCUAAACAAGGCAAAUUUUGAUUUAGAUGCACAGAGCAAACGACACUUGAGUCAAGAGAGUCAAGACAUGCAGGCAAAAAUGUGAAUAUUAUCUGCGUAGCGAUGAAACUAAAUCUGAGUACAUCAUUGGUGUGAUUUUGGUACUGUCUUGUGGAGGGAAUUUCAGGCUGCUUCAGAGUUCAGACUUCAGUUGUAUCGUUUUUCUAGACGGUUGGAGAAAUGAGUUAGGAGUAUAUGAUUUUUCAGAAGCAUGUCAAGCAUAAAUGCCAGUGAUAUGAUUUGCCUAUAGUUUCUGUUGCUC